GAAGGCGGUUCACCACGGAUUGGUCCCUGCAUUGCACAGCGCGGCGGAACAAUCCGUUCAACGGCCUACGGGUCAUUGACAGGCGUAUUCUUUGGCACUUCUCCUUUUGGAGCUUUUAUUUCCUUUUCAUCAGUUCUUGGGCCAGUGGCCCGAGGGUGGAGAAGAGGACGUAGUAGUAGACACCAGUUUAAGUGGUGGCAUAGUACCAGCGAAUAGGAUGCUUAGCAUUGCGCGACGGCAGUAACUACCGACUGGAAGGCAAUAAUAUCCGCGUUGAAGGUCGUACUCUGCUUGGGUUGCUAAGCCACGGUCGGUAGCCUAUGACGUUGCGGAUGCUGGGUCGCCACCCCGACGUAUAUAAAUAAACAAUAUUGCAGCCCAUUACUACCUACAAUAUCUACUACCUGUUUAUCAUACUCCUAAAUAAACCCUUCUCUUUCCUCCCAUCUGUCCUUCUGACAGAAAGUGAUACCAAAACAAUAUCCAAUCCCUCUGAAAAUGCCACACAAAGAUACCAACUCGUUGCCCAACGGCACCAACAGCACAGACGGUACCUCGGAUUCUUCAGCCAACCGCCUCGCAGCAACGGGAAAUACCCUCGGCGCGUCCGCCUUUGGCACAGGCAUGGACCAGAACAGUGGCACGAUACCCGAAUACUUGUCCACGGGAUCGGAGGAUCUCAGGCCUCUGAGCAAGGAGGAAGCGGAGAGAUUGUACGAGGAGAGAAUGGAGGAGGAAUAUGCGAAGCGGGAGGGUGGUGCUUAAUUGGUUGCUUGAUUAAUAUUGAUCUCUACGGAGUACUGUGUAUAUAUAUAUCAGAUUGACCUGCAUAUUCACCAUGAAAUUGGAG